AUGGCUAAUUUUGCAGGAGACCUCUACAUCCGAACCCCGCUCCGCCACCAAACCGAGAGCUACAAACGUCUUCACAUCUGCGAGUUACUCUUCCACGGCGUUGGAUGCCCGUGCCUAACUCGGAUACUUCCUCCAGAUUUCCGAGCCGACGCAUCUCGUCCCCGUGCCUCUCAUAUAUAUCAGGCUAUGGCUCAGCAGGUCGCAGGUGCUCCAUUGCCUUGCCAGGGUGUUGGUCCUCUCUACAAACCAGAUGGAGAAAAACCAACAGCAACGGUCUCGCAGGGUGUCGACUACGAUAAUGUCCACGUCCUCCCGCAAACGCCUCAGCUAAUUGCACUUUUAACGCAAGUUAAUUUCGCCCCUCCCGUACCCAAUUUAGCCAUUUAA